AUGGCGCUCGUCCUCUUCCACCUCCCCACGCUGGUGCUCAACCACACCGCCACCCUACUCUACCCGCUCUACGCGUCCUACAAGGCCGUCACCGCCCAGUCCAGGCGCACCUCCUCCGUCUCGAGCUACAACUGGUCCGUCCGUGGCCCCGACGUUCCUCCGCCGUCCAUCGAUACCGCCGAUGACGCCGGCAAUGGCACCGAGCUGGCAGAGAUGGAGCACUGGUUGAUUUACUGGUCCGUCUUUGCCUGCCUCGCCCUCGCCGAGGGCACCUUUGGCUGGACGUGGCGCUGGCUCCCCUUUUACUGGGAGAUCCGUCUCCUCUUCAACCUCUGGCUCGUCCUGCCCCAGACCCGCGGCGCAACCUGGCUCUACGUCAACCAUCUCCACCCUUUCCUCCAGGGCCAGGAGGACAACAUCGACCGCAUCGUCGACGACGCCAAGGCCAGGAUCCGAACCGAGACUCGCGGCCUCCUGGGAAAGGUGCUCGGUGGCGUCUUUGCCGUCCCAGGACCGAUGCAAGACCCUCUCGGCGCGGCACCACCACCUCAGCAGCAGCAGCAGCAGCAGCAGCAUGCACCUGCCUCGGCGGGCGGCAUCUGGGGCGGCGCACCUCCUUCGCAUGCACCGCCCGGCAAUGCGGGAUCGGCGCCUCCGCCGACGCAUCUCGGAUCCCUCUUUGGCAAGCUGGCGCCCUAUGCGGCCGCAGGGGCCGCCUCUUGGCUCGCCAAGGCCAACGCAUCUGCCUCGUCUGGCCAGCAGCGAUCGCACUCGACACGCGCCGCGGCGCUGCAGACAGACCUGGACCUGCAGAAUCGCGCCCUGUCUGACCUCCGCGACGCAGAGGGCAUCGCGGCCGAACCUCAACGCACGCUGCGACGCGCCCAGGCGCUCGCGCGCAAGCGACAGCUCGAACAGCAGCUCGCCCACCUCAACGGCCUCGACGGUGGCGGCGGCGGCGACUCGACGACCGAGAGCGGCGAGAGCGACGACCUAGGCCCGCCAAAGGCAGGCGGCGGACCCAAUGCCGCCGCCGCCGCCGCCGUCGCGGGUAUCCGGAAGAGGUACCCGAGCGUCCUGGGCGAGAGCUAUGAUUUCCUCGAGGGCAGCGACACCAACGCUGGUGCCAGUGGCUCGCCCCGCGUCGAGGGCGAGAGAAAGGCGAGCAGCCAGGAGAAGUGGGCCGGAUGGAUCGGCAGGAACCUCUCGUGA